AUGAGAAAAUUCCUUUCAUUAAAAAUGAAUAUGGCCAAGAGUCUAGCGAAGCAGUGUCGAACUAAACCUGGUCUGAAAAAUAGCACUGUCAGUGGUGUCGCCAAAACCAACUCCAGCAAUGGACUACCAAUAAAUUUACGGGCACAAAUAGAUGUACCUCUAGGAAAUGACACCACUUUAAAAAAUAUUACAACUAAAUCCGAUAAUUUGGUUAAACAUCGACGGGCAAUUUUAAUCAUAAAUGCAUCAGUAUUACGAAAUGGAAAGGGGGAUGCGCAUAAAGGUCCACAACAUGCAGAAAAUCUUUUGUAUGAGGAGUAUAAUGACGAUGGUUCCUUACAGCUAUCAUAUUCAAUGAAAAACCUGGACGAAGUCGCCAAGUUCUUUGAAAUGUACCUUGAAACGAAACUUUGUCAAAAUCAUUGUGAUGAACAGGAGACAGAAUAA